GUUUUAAAAUUUUUGUUGCAGUGGUUGCACAUGUACAAGGAAAAUUUUUUUUUUUUGAAAAUGAAAUUUGAUACCUGUAUGUAAUUAGUAAACCAUAUGACUUGGCCUUCAGCUGGCCGAUUGUCAUUCAGACUUCAGACUUACACCAGCAAUGAUACAGGCUCAGGCUGUUGGUUUAGAAGUGGCAUUCAAGGGCAAGGUUAUCGAGUAUUUACCCUCAAGUUGACAGACUUGAGAAAAGUUGGUGGUGGACGACUGCACCAGGAUUUUUACUGUACUACCACAAAAGUUAUCGCCAAAUACUAGUUGUUGUGAGACGAAUAUGGCAUCGAAGCCAUCGCAAGACGAGUCCCUGCCGUGAUGAAUAAAAAUUUUGCGGAUACUGAACACGGCGAUUUCCCAAUGGUCUUCUCAGACGAUGAAGAAGGUAUACUUCAUUAUCAUAUUUUAUGACUUAAAUAGUUGAAUAUUUUAUAUAAUUAUAGUUGAAAUAUAUAGUUGAAUAUUAUAAAUAAUUAUAUAUUAAAUAAAAUGUGUAUUUGUUGAAAGCCAUAGCUAGUCCAUUAUAACCUGAGCUUCAAAUAUUUUCUGCUGUAAUAUAUACAUUUAAAAUAUUUAAUAGAAUUAGGCAAUAUUAUUAUUCGUGUUUUAAAGUCUAUGUUUAUGCCAAGUUUGAAUUUAGCACUCUGUAAAAGUUGGCUUGUGCGUCACGAUUAACACGAGUUUCAUCAUAAAAUGCGUCAAAACUUUUAACCCCUAACCUGCGCCGCAGAGGACUCUAUCAGUGACAUAUACAUUAUUGAGUCUGCGGCGCAGGCCUCUCAAUUACGCAAAUAUUCUUGGCUGGUUGACAGAAACCAUGCUGGUAACGAGAAAUGAUGAGCUGCAAUCCCAGUUCAGGGUUCGACAAAUUUGUUAUUUUUAAAAGCUUCCUGGCUGAAUUAUGUCCGUGUCAGCCGUGAUUAAACUUGUGCGGUUGUGCUAUUGUCACAAACUGUGUCACUGCUGUAUCAAGUAUGGGGUCUAGAACGUACACUGUGUCAAUUAUCAAGUCUCUAGCCAUCAACAUCAACGUCAUUCAAGUAAACUUCCUACUUCAUCCAAGCUUGUUCAAAAUCGUAAACACCGUUUAUGCUAGCGGCGUCGUUUCGCUUUAAGGAACGGAUAUGUUCUUUGUUCAUUUAAUAAAUUGAUGUUUAAAAAAGACCGUAGCAGGAAUGGAAGCUAUAACUAUUUGUAGGUUGUAGAUUCGUCAUUCGUCUACAAUGAUAUAGCAUUUCAAGAAAGGUGUAUCAACUUUCUUAAUUGAGUAGAAACACAGGCGUACGAGACAGGCAACUCCCACCCCCCGCCUCCCAAAAAACACCCAGAAAAUCAUGGAUAUUCGGGAAAAUACAGGGGGGAAAUCAAGAUAUCUCGGGCAAAUAUAUCACAAAAUAUGCAAUUUCAUUACAAUCUUUCAUAAAAUUCCGGGGAAACUUUCAAUUGCCCCCAGGAAAAGUAUCAGCCCCGUACACUUGUUUUGAAGUACUGUUGUUACAUUUUGUUACAGAAUUUUUCACUGCUAUUAUCGUACCCAGUUUAACUCGGCCGAGAGAUCACACGUCCACUAAUCCCUGGGCUAAUCUGAUCGUUUUUUGAUCCGUGUUUGAUCGUAUCAAUACUGGUAUAACCAGCAGGGGAGCUUUAAACAACUUCUAUAUUUAGACAACAAUAUGUUAUAUGAUAAUGAAGAUGAUAUUAUUGAUGCACUUUAUCACACUUUCUAUUUACAUUUCAUAUUAUGAAGUUCACCAAACCAUGACGUGCGGGCACUUUAAAAUUUGCAAAAAAACAUCUUGAAAUAUUAGCCCAUUGAAAAUGGUCAAAAUGAAAUACACGUACCGCCACUCCCUCAUAUUUUUUUAUCUCUGAACGGAAAUUGUAAGCCUAAUCUUGUGAUCCCUGAGAACAAAGAGCUACUUCAAAGUAGAUGAAUGUCUUAUAAACAGAUAUUGAAAGAACUAGAUUGAGUUCCAAAAUAUCACCUGUUUCAACCGACACAUUUGGUAGAGGUCAAACAACGUUUCAGCUUGCCACAAUUGUUAUACGACAUGUACUUUAAUUUUCACUUAGGUGUACGAGGGCUGCAGCCCCCCCCCCCCCCAACAAUUUUUAAGUCGGGUGGAUUACCAGAUCAUACUUAAAAAUCGGGCAAUUCUACUUAAAAAUCGGGCAGUUUCCAGUUAAAAAUCGCGCAAACGAUGAAAAGGAAUCACGACGCGUAUUAAAAUAGUCGAAAAAGCAAGACGGAACAUUGUUUUUGUAGUGGUCGGGCAAUUUCCAUCAAUUGCAAGGUAGGGCAAAUUUUUGUUCCCCUGAUUUUUUCCCUCCCAUAGUCCAUACGUUAAUUCGAAUAGUUAUUUGUUUUCGUCUCUUGUUUUCAAAAACAAACCGAGUUCUGACCUUCAUUAUUACUGAUAUCUGAUGUAACAUUUUAAGAUUUAAAUUGGUUACACCGUGAUGGCGUAAGUCCAACAUAUGGCUGUUAAUUUGGUUAAUUAUUCACCCAUGAUGAUCGCGUGCUUACGAAUCACGUGAACAAAAGUUUCGAACGCUCUGUCAGCCAAUCAAAAUUGUCACUGUGACGUCAGAGCACAAAGUCCAAGGCUGCCCUUGGACUCUUCGAGGGCGGAAGUCAGCUGACAGCGGCACGUAAACAAAAAAAAAAUAAUCGACUCGACUUGCAAAAUAAACAUUUUUUAUCCUUCGAUUUCUGAGAAGAAAUAUAGACUGGAAUGAAACAAUCUGCAGCCAAAAAGGGAGAUAUCGGUUUUAAACAUCGUGCAAACUUAAGGUAAAAUUAUUGUAGCCUUGUUUUUCGAAUAUUCAAAUUUACUGUAUUCGCUACUGUUUACAUGUAUAAUUCGGUAAACUUUAAUAACGAUCUAUUCUUAUAACGAUUUAUUUAUCUGGGUUUUAGAAGUUAUGAUUUUAGGUUUAGUGGUUGUAACUACUAACUAGCCAGGCAAUUCGUUGCUGUCUUAACCGGCUUAACCACAGGAAAAUGCCAAUUGCAAACAUCGCUGCCAUACUCAUGUCAUGCGAGGGCUUUUCCCUGAGAUAAUUUUCACAGCUUCCGAAAUUUCGUCUUACUGCUUCGUUUUCUAAUGAUUAAAAAGAAUCAAAAAGACUAACGCUAGGUGCCUACUUAAGUUAGAACAUAAGUAAUAACUUAUCAGAUCUUUAAAUAUAUUUCAUCAAAUUCAAAUAUAUUUCAUCACAAUAAAGCCAUGGGAAUCCUCCUACUUGGAUUAAUAAUAAGUCCAAAUAUUAAUUGUAAUAUUUCUUUAUUGGGGGUUUUUGAUUUUUGCUAAACGUGAGGCUUUUAUGUAUGAAAGAUAUACAUUUACCUAAUUUUUGGUCGAGUAAUAAGAAAUAAGUUAUAUUUGACAACCUACUCAGUUUUUGGUUGAGAAGUUUAGCGGGUACUUGUUUAUAUGCCGAGCCACAAAGCCAAGGUUUUAAUUUGCGUUGUAAAAGACUUAAAAUGUUCGUUUUCCGUUGACAAAAGUUCAGAAAAAAUGUGUUUAUGUAUUUAAAUGAAUGCAUUACCACAGGGCAUUACUAAAUUUUCUGUGCAUUCUACAGUGAUACCUGCAAGGGGUCCCUUUUUGUAUACCGUAUAUCGAGCAUAUCGAGAUACCGAUUAGAUAAUUUAUUAAGGCUGGUGCUUUACACUAGCACAGUAGGAAUUUCGCAUAGGUAAAUUCUAAGUCUUGAAGUAUUUGUAAGAAAUCUUCGAGGGAACUGACUCACUGUUUAACACUGCGGCAGUUCCCUCAAACAAAUCCUUCAAAACUUAGAAUUUACCUAUGCAAAAUUCCUACUGUGCUAGUGUAAAGCACACAGAAACUUUGAUAGUGUAUCCAGUGACUCACUCUGUUGACGAUCAGUACUGUAUUAUUGCACAAGUUAACAGUACUUUAAAGUCUUUCAAUAUAAACAAAACCCAAAGCGUUGGCUUAUGUGCAAUUUUGGCACUGAGCCGAAACGAUUUGCAUUUUAUAUAAGUAAUAUUCAUGCAUCAUUGUAACAAUAAGAUCAUUAGAACGUGUCGUUGUCAACAGUGAAUUAUAAAUGUUUUCUAUUACACCAAACAGCUCAUUACAUUAUGCAAAGUUUAAUGCAAUGAGGAAAAACUAGGAAAGAUUCAUCGAUUCUCCAUGGAAUGAUAUGAUCAUCAACUCUCAACCAGUACUCUCAACGGUAAAAUCUGCCAAUUGCAACACAUGCCCGUUUUGAAAGCCCGCUGACGAAGUGAAAGAAGUUUUGGGAUGUAAGAAAGUUAUCCAUAACAUAAAGGUUUUCCCAGCUAGUUUCGUUGCAAUUCCAAAGGUUCUUUCAACAAGAAAUUGUUAUAAUCACAGAGGUUUGCAUUAUUAAAUUUGGUUAUUUUCUUUUCUAGCUGUUCCGAUGGAGGAGGCCAGAGAACAAGACUUUCUUCAAGUACCAAGUUCCGAAACACCAAUGAAUGUUGAGCUCAAUGAGGAUCCAUGGACACCAAUGACAGCCAAGAGACGACAUUCUGAUGCAGGUACGUACCAUCACAACUAUGCUACCAACAUCAUGACAUUAAUCACCAUCAUCAUUAACACUGGCAAAAUACCACCAACAUCGUUCUAUCUCAGUUGGUGCCAUUAUCUCCACUACCAUUAUCCACCAGAAUCCACCAUCAUUAUCACCACCAUCAUCAUCACCACUAUUAUCACCAUCGUCCACCAUUGUUAAUUACAGUCUCUGUCCUCACCAACGACAAUCUUAUUUUGAAAAACAUCAUAAAUAAUUUUUGUUCUGGUUUAUGUAUUCACUGGUUUUUAAAAACAUUAAAAAUUUACUAAAUGUUAAAAGUUAUAAAUAAAUCAGGCUUUCGGACUAAGCGUCCAUCAGGAUUUUAGUGAACACAUAAACCAGACAAAAAUGAAAUUGCCUAGUAACAUAUCAAUUGUGACUCCUAAAUCAUUCAUAGGCUCUUCACUGGCAGCAAUAUCUAACGGACAUGUUGACUACAUUCCAAAUGGCGACAUUCCGAACGGUGAAAUUCUGAAUGGCAACGCCAGUUUCCACGAGAAAGAAAAGAUUGACAUCGCCUAUGAAACGAACGAAGGAAACUUUCGCCCUUAUAAAAGACGUUUUUAUAUCCUCCUUGUGUUCUCCCUCUCUGCAUUUGGACAAUACUGCGCGUGGAAUGCGUUUGGUCCUAUAUCAGGAACAGUGAAAGCUGUAUUUGGUUGGGGAAAUGCAGAGAUCGCUUUACUUGCAAGUCUUGAUCCAAUCACGUAUCUUUUUACGAUGAUAUUCUUUUCAUGGAUGAUGGAUGUGAAAGGUAACUAGAGAAGAACUUCCGACGAAGGGUCUUCGCUCAAAACGUCGAGGUUCUUCUUGUAUUUUUCAACCCGCAGCUUUCUGAACUAGAGAAUCAAUAUGGAACAUCGUGAUUACCAAUAUCGAAGUGCCUGCAUGGCGGCAACAGGUUGUUUGGCAGCAUGUUUUUGACAGCACGACAAUGCUCACCCUGUCUUCAAACAUCUUCAGUUUUCCAGUGUAAAGCAUGCCAAAUUUUCUGCAUGCGAUACAGUAAAUGAAAUGGUGAGAGGUGCACGUUGUUUUUGACAGUAAAUUUACAUUAGGGGUGCCGAAAUAAUAGUUGAGGAAUCUUUAAAGAAACUCGAGACGAAUCGUACAAGCUUGAAAGCCGAAAGUAUAAUCACUUGGGUCGAGAUAUUAAAUAUGAAAUCUGCGCUUUGUAAAUUAAGGUACUUUGUGAUAUAUGUCAUUUUUCCUUUCCGACAGGUCUCCGUGUUUCGUUGGUGCUUUCCGUUUUCCUCAUGUUUGUUGGAACAGGUUUAAGAUGUGUCACGAGCGAUCAUGAUGUUGCACUUUGGUAAGUUACAUGGUCUUAUUUUGACUAAAAAAACCCUUAAUCUAAUGUCUAAAAGCUUUAAAAUGUUUGAUACAAGUGUAACUUAUUAAGGCCCGUCAAGUUGCGGUUUGAUCGCCAUCUCUUGGCUCUAUGCACACUCUAGCCUCCUCCGCAGGCCUCUCAUGGGUUUUAGCUUGCGAAUGGGUUUUAAAAAAAAAACCCAACUUUUUCCGACCACCCGAUUCCUCGGGUAAGAUGCCUGCGGAGGAGGCUAUGCACACUCAUCAUCUGGUUCAAAUUUUGAGAGUGAACGGGAAUUUCUGCUCGUUUGGCCAGUCCCACGUUGCAACUCUUGAUUGACCGGAGCAUAAGAGUUGAGAAAACUCUCACGCAAACUCUCGCAUAUCAACUCUUAUUCUCGUUUGACCAUACUCCACUCGGCUGCAAUGUUGGCUUCAUUUAUCAACAGUUUCCAAAAAAAUUGAAUUCAAUAUCACGAGGCAUUAACCGUGUUGUGUCUCUUUUAGGACAAUGACAGCUGGACAAUUCCUCAAUGGUCUUGCAGGGCCUGUCACGCAAGCAGCUCCACCAUUGCUGUCGUCCGCGUGGUUCCCACGCAGUGAGAGAACUACUGCGACUGCGGUGGCAUCGCUCUGCGGAUCUCUAGGAGUGGCGUUGUCGUUUGUGAUUGGUCCAAAUAUGGUGGGUGGUAUUGAUCUCGACAGUUUUCCAACUCAGUCAGAAUUUUCACAACUUACUUCAAAUUACAGGUAAGAUGAGUCGGACUAACUUUAAAUCCGUUAUGUAGCUCUUAGCCAGAAUGGACCAGCUCUUCCCUGUAAUUGGAAAUGCUCGGUUUGUUUGCAACCCGAAGGUUAUAUUUGCCAUUCACCCAAUAACACUGUAAACACCCGACUUACAUCUCUCUUUUAUUUACAGUUUUCUCUCACAGAAUCUUUAUUUAAACAAGACCAUUCCUUUAUCAGGUAAGCUUUCUAAGAUUUCUUUACUAAAUAUCUUUACUGAAUGAGUUCUUGUUCUUCUAAUCUUGCUUGCGCAAAUAGACAGGGUAGAAAAAUUAAGCGUGUAUAUUUGAAAUUGUCUUCAUUGAAUAAGUACGCGUUCCUCAACCUCGUGGAAAGAGCCUGGGUAUGAGGUUGCGCGUUCCUUACUAAUCUUGCUUAUGCGCAAAACAGAGUAUUCUAUAUUUACUUUGCUUUCACUUCAUUUUCUAUCUCUUUUCUUUUCUUUUCUUAGAAACAUUAUACAAAGACGCAAAUCACUACUGGUCAAUGGACGACAUUAGCAAGCCUUCAACACCAACAUUUAGUGAUAAACUCUACUAUAUUCAAGACGCUAAAAGCGACCUCAGAGGAAUUCUUCAUAGAACUACGCAUAUUUCAGGACAAAUUGACAAAGCCUUAGAAUUAAGCGGAAAUGGUUUCAUAGAUCUUGGAAAUUUUAUCAACACUUGUUUGGGAAAACCAUCUGUUUGUGAUAACGGCAUGACCGUUUCGUUUUGGUUAAAAUAUAAACUUUUAGACAGGAGGCAAUAUUUUCUAGGGACUAGUGGUUCAGACAUUAGACAACCAGGAUUUGUCAUAUAUCAAGAUAUGUAUAUAAACGGUAGUAAUUAUAUAGCGGUCAGUGUUCGGACUGGCGAGGCAGCAUGGACCACGCAUGUGACAGUCCCGUGGGAUACAUGGACUCACGUGCUAUUCAGCUGGAGCCCACGUGAUGGUUUGACAGUGCACACAAAUGGUACGGUCGCUAGUAGGUCAAAGGAGUUCUCCCCAACAGGAUCGAUACAGAAUUCACAUACGUCAUUCACACUGGGAAGAGCAAAUAAUGAACCAAUAUUAUCUAGGGCUACCUACGACGAGCUAGCUGUAUGGUAUCUAGUACUUACAGAUAAGGAAGCCAUGGCGAUCUACGCAAGGACGUCUGGGAUUGAUUUCGAAGCUCUAGACGCCAAGACCAUCCAAGGUGAACAUGCAUAGUGCUAAAAAGAAAAUAUUUGUAAGCGUUAAUUUGUUUGAAUGGCCGAGUUAGAUGAUUACUGUGGUUAUACAGUAUACUAUGCUGAGUGGUUAUAUUACUACCUUAAAAAAUAAGCAGAAACUUGACGUUUCGGGCGAAGGCCCUUCGUCAAGAGUUAGUAGCCAAUUAUUAUUAGCAAUUUAUACAGUAUACGCCUGUUUUCCGGCAAACAUUAUAGCCAUGGUUGGUGGUUGUAAACUACGCCUGUUUUCGCCUCACUGUUCUCGGAAAUAUACAUAUGCAGAAAGUUUUUAUAUUUGACUUACACAGGAAAUUUUGAAUUUUCGAAUUUGCUGCCAAGAAGAGAAAUAUAUUAUCUAGACCCGGUAUUUUCGAUGGUGCUACUCCAGUACAGCUCCACAGCGGGCAAGCUGAAAACUUGCUUCACCGCGGUGGGAAUCUUAGGGCGCUUUCCAUUUAAUGGCCUGACUGGUCAGACCCGAAUUCUUUUCUCUGUAUCAAUGGAAAGAUUUGGUCUAUGUUUCUCAAAUAUCUAGCAAAAAUGGACAUCAUUCUAAUGUUAUCUAAAUUUUCCAGUCAGAUAGGUCCGAAGCCCAGAUGUUUUGUGUUCCAUUCAACAAUUUGACCGUUCUGACCGUGUUAAUCGAAAGCGCCCUUAUGCAAUCCUAGAACAAGUUUGACACUGUAGUGUCUUCAUUCGAUCGUCAUCAAAGGUGAUCAAAAGUAGCAACCGAGAUCUUUAUCGCAUAAAAAAUCUGAUCAGGUGUUUUCUCUUUCAGCCAAAGAAGAUUUGUUGCAAGAACGUGAAGAUGAAAUCAUGAGGUUAUUGUAUAUAGGUACGUUUAUUAUAUAGUAGAGAGUGAGAUACUGAAAAAUACACAGCGAGAUAUCUUCCAUAUCUUCACUAGUGAACAUAUCGAUCACGUGACUUUUAGUGUUUAUACAUUUUUUUGCUUGGGACUAUAUAAUGGAACAUUACACGGUGGCAUUACACUACAGAACAUUACACGGUGGCUUGAAGAUAUGACUUCUAUCUUCUCGUGUUAAAAACAAUAUUUUACUCACUCGCUGCGCUCGUUUGUAAAAUAUUGUUUUCACCACUCGAAGAUAAAGUCAUAUCUUCGCGCCGCCGUGUAAUAUCCUCUAUAUAUGUAAAGAUCUGGUCCAAAGAAGACGAGAGUUGAUGAAAGUUCUCGUUCGCGUUUGGCCGCCAUCUUCCAUCGACUCUCAUCAACUUCGAGGGGCGGUUCAAACUUUGGUUAGAGUUGACGAAAGUUUUUGCUAUGCGUGGUAAUAUCCAGUCAACUCUCAUCAACUCUCAUGCAACUCUUCCUCUCGUUUUACUGGAGUACGAGAGUUGAAAAAACUCUCAUGAUGCAAACUCUCAUUCUCAUGUGAUGUGGACUCUUUCCACGUUUCCUGAAUUUUAAACUAUCGAAUCGUAGACAACGUAAUUCUGAUGCAUAUCGAGAGUGCCAUUAAAGGAAGUUACUAACUAAAGCAAUCUCCACUAAACGAUUCAAUUUUGAUUUUUCUAGAGUUUGGAGUGAUAGCCGUGUUGUUUGUGUGCACAGUGUUAUAUUUCCCAGAUAAGCCUCCCACUCCGCCCAGUCUUUCAUCAGCCAGCGAGAGAGAGGACUUUAGUGAAGGGUUCAAACAACUCUUACGACAUAAACAGUUCUGGACACUCACAAUGAUUUAUGGAAUUACCACAGGUAGACAGAAAAGCAACCAUUUCUUAAAUUUCCUUGAAUGCACACAAAACAACAGCUUGAAGACAAGGAUGACAAUGUGAUUAUCUAUACAUACUUUACAUAGUCAAGUCAUUUCCAGCCUUGUACCAUUGUCUUGUGUGUGUCAUCGAGCAAAUUCGGGAAGCUAUUUUUUAUUAAAAAUAUUCUUAUGCCUAAUUAUUAUUCUAAUAAAUUUCCAUUACUCUUUCAGGGAUUUACAGUGGCUGGGGAGCUUUGUUAGCUUUGAAUCUCGAGGGUUUUAAUAUCGGACAGGUAGGAUUUCACUUAAUAUUAUACCUCACAAUGAGCUUGUCCAAUCAGAGAACUAAAUUUGUACCACAUUUCAUCCCUCAGGGUAAUUUUUUGUGGAAUACCCCGAGUGAAAGGUCUAUAACUGAUAAGUAUACAUUGGUGAAGUAAUACUAUACAGAUAUGUCAGUGGUUUAUACCUCGCAACAAUUUUACAUGACCAAUAUUUCCUUGCUUUCCAUGUGCCUGAAACGGAGAAAUAUUUUUGUUUAUUGGUAGGAUAGUAAAGCAUUAAAUAUAGGAGUGUGAAUCGAUGGUCUGUCACUCUGCCUAGGGACCAGAAUGGUGACAAAAGUGCCGUAAUUUCAUUUAUUAAUUCAAUUUAUUUUCCCAGAAUCAAGCUGGCUGGAUUGGUUUUUACGCUACAAUCGCUGGUAUUGGCGCGGGAGUUUUACUUGCCAGGUAAUCAUUGAAAACAUAUGAAGAAAUAGAAAGAUCACUAAACACACUUGUGAUACAACUCAUACAUACAAAAACUUCAAGUUACUGCUGUCAGAAAGAUUAACAAUGGCAAUGGUUUUUCCUCUUCUAGAUUUUCGGAUUUUUUUGGAGGUCGUAUCAAACGACUUUUACUGUUCCUGUUCUUUUGUUCAUCAAUAUCCUUCCUCUGGUUCUCUUUGCUUUGUCUCAGGAUAAUUCCAUUCUCAGAAGGUAACUGAAUAUUAGAUUGUCACAAGAACCAAAAAUUGCUUCGCAAAAGAUGAAUGUGAACGCCUUACUGAUCCUCAACCUCGUACCCAGGCUCUUUCCACUACGCUCCUGGGAACGAAGUUGACUGGUCCUUUCGUAGCUUUUAUUGCACAUUCUUUCUUACUAUUCCAAAAUUAUGUCACGUCCAUUAGGGUUAGGUUUGGCAUUGUAAGAAUAAGUACAGUGCCGUCCCUAGGCCACAGGCCGUCACCCCAUGAAAAUAUCUUGUCGGCAAAAUGAAGGAUUUUGUCGGUGAUGUCUACAUUGUUCAUCUAAUAAAAUUUGACCACCCCCCCCCCACAUAUUUCGGAUAAUUUGUCGGCAAAUACAAUACCACCUCCCCCCUGCUUAAGCCUCUUCGCGACGUCCCUAGAUAAGUAAUAAUUUGUAAGUAGAAAUCACUGAAUAUAAAAUUAAAAUAUGGAAAUCGACUCUCUUUCUUGAUAUAUAAAUUUCUUCCCAAAUAGACCCUAUGCAUAAUGACGUCACUAGGCUUGAUGCCCGAGAGGAAUGCUGGUUUUAGUAGUCAUCGCCCGGGAAAAUUAAACACUUCAAAAUGGCCACUAUCGAAAUUUUCCCGGGCGAUGACUACUAAGACCAGCAUUCCUCGCGGGCAUCAAGCCUUGUGACGUCAUUAUGCAUAAGGUCUAUUCACAUAUCUUCUUCUCUCUUGUUUCCAGCGUCUCUUUAUCCGUCCAGCAUCAUUGGUGGGUUCAGCAUCAGUGGUACGAUACCACUAUUUUACGAGUUAACAGUUGAAUGUACCUACCCCAUUUCCGAGGGCGUCACCACCGGGAUACUCACUCUUAUUAAUAACUUCUGGACUGUCCUGUUUCUAUUGGUCGUCAUGAUUCCAGGAAUAGGUAAGUCAGGCUAGUUUUGAGAACAUCUUGCGAUUAUUUCACGAAACGUCUAUCAACAAGUUAGAAUAACAGUGAAUUUCGGACAUCUAGCUCGACAGAAGACAAUGUGGAAACUCUUUUCGUGGAGGGAAAUUUCAAGUGAAAAUCAAUAUACAUUUUUAAAUUAAGUCGACUAACCUGCAGCAAUUGCGAAAAAUGAAAGUAGUAAGCUCUCAGGCAGGAGUGGAAGCUCUCAGGCAGGAGUGGAAGCUCUCAGGCAGGAGUGGAAGCUGUUCAACCUGCGGCAUUUUCAUUCCGGUGAAGCUUUCUGAGCAGCAAGGCCAGCUAGAGCCAUUAGCGGGUAAAUGCCUGUUUACACUUGCAAUUUUUGAAUGUUGAGAUGAGUAUGAAUGUUCCCCACAUCUCAACAUUCAUAAUCCUUCCACUCGUUGUAAGCAGGCCUUAAGGGUUCUGGAACAAAAAAGAGAAAAACUAUGGGAAUGUUUGAUGCAUAUACCCUCUAUAUAAUAUAUCAUACGUUACUUUUUGUGUGUGUUGGUGUUAUGUUCUCAGGUGUUACUCGAACCGACUUGACCUCGUAGCUCAGUAGGUAGAGCAUUGGACUAGUAUCCCAAACGUCGCGGGUUCGAUUCCCACGGUCCCACCAUGGUCAGGCAAACGUUUCAUCUUGCCCUGUGUACUCAGAGUAACAUCACAAACAUCAUAUGAUACGUUCUUGCCAUACACAUUGCAGUUAGUAGACAAAAUGAAACAAACGUUGACUUACAGGCAAUGCCGUUGCCAUGCAUGACUCAGCUUCAUGACCAGGUCUCUCGGUUUUUGCCUCUUCUGCAACCACAUUCAACCGCUGUGUACAGACUCCAGGGACCGGUUGUUCAAAGCUGGAUUAACGCUAACCCUGGGGUAACCGGCUCCUUUGGUUUGGGUACAUUUGCACUUCUGUUUAUUUCAAUGGAACAUAAUAUUUCUAUUGAUCCAGACAUGGACUGUGAAAACUAUCUUCAUGUUUUUAAAAACAAGCUGUUUGGAAGAUUGCUUUGAAAUUUUCGUUAACCUAAUAUUCCAGUUGUUAUACGUUAGCCACAAGCUCGUUGCACUUUUCUUCAAUUUUCUGAUGUACCCAGCUUGUUUUCAUUCAACUACUGGAUGGAUAUCGUUUGCUGUAAUACUUGCUGCUUCCCCAUAGUGAUCACUCUUCUGUCAUCCCACAUAUACUAACCGCUCUUCUCUCCCUUCACAGGUACAGUUUGGAUGAACUGGGCUUUGUUUGCAUCGUGCGCGGGUUGUAUUCCAAUAUUAGUCAUGUUUAAGGAACGUUAUGGCAGACUCGUGGUUGAUCAAGGAAUAGAGGUGAAAGUGACAAAUGCAAGUGAUGGAGAACUACAAGAUGACAAAUUUAAAACAAGGAGCAUAUUUUCAUCGACGCUGUCAAUGGCCGGAGUUGAUCAAUUUAUGGAUAGACUUCAUAAAUCUAAAGAAUCGAAACUUUAGACGUUUAUGCUCGGGUAUUGCUCAACCACGACGAUCCAAGGACAACCAAAGAAUAACAGUCAAACAUCAACGCCAUCCACGAUCAUUUAUAAAUCUGAAGAAAAAAUGAAAACUUUGAAUAGAUGUUUCUACUCACAAUUCUUCCACAACAAGUCAAACACAACCACAGAAUAACAGUCAAACACAGGGGCCGCGGAACCGUAGGGACAAUAGGGGCAUGUGCCCCCCCCCCCUUUUUUAAAAGUGAAAAAAGUGCCCUUUUUGGGGGGCUGAAGUGCCCCAUUUAAAGAACAAAAAAAGUAUUUCUUGAAUGAACACCCUCGUUUGCUGGAAAGUGCCCUUUUUGCAGUAGUAAAGACUCUGUUAAGGCCAUUUCCGACGUUAUAAGGACUCCAUAUUUUCAAAAAUUUUCGUUCGGCUCAUGAACGACAUAAAAUUGUUUGAUUUUGGUCAUAUUUGUAUAAAGUGCCCCUUUUGGCCAAUGCCCCUCCACUUUCGAAAUGCUUCCGCGGCCUCUGGUCAAACAUCACAACCAUCCAUGAUCAUUUAUAAAUCUGAAGAAUGAAAACUUUAAAUAGAUGUUUUUACUCUAGAAUUCUUCCACCAUGACUGAAAGACAACCAGAAUAACAGUCACAGUCAAACAUCAAAGCCAUGAUCAAUUUAUGCAUAAACUUCAUAAAUCUACACUACAGAACAGAAUGAAAAACUUUGAGUAGAUGUUGUUCGUACACUUUUCAACCAUGUCCCAAAGAUAACCCGGAUAACAAUCAGACAUUACCAAAGCCAAACAAUAUACUUACAAAUCCAAGUACAAUCCAUUUGAAAUUACUUCACUGACAUUGCAUGUGCAAUUCGAGAGCCAAUAUUAAGGCCACAUUACUUACACAAUUCAAGUAGCAUUCGUUUGAAAUUACUUCACUGACAUUGCACUACUUCUGUACGCUUCAAGAGCUAUUAUUAAAGCCACAUUACUAAAUUCAAGAAACUUUCAUUUGAAAUUACUUCACUGCAUUACCUGCGCAAUCCAAGACGAAUCAGUCUCAAAUUUAAACAAUACAUUCUGGACUAUGAAGAAAUACCGGCGAUACAAAUUUUCCCGCUAAACAAAACAGCUUUCCCAGGAGUUCCAAAUUGAAGUUCAAUAUUCAGUUUAUUCCAAGGACAAUUACUUAGCUUUAUUGGCGAGAACAUCGGAUCCGUUCGUAAAUUUAGAUGGUAAAUGACAAUUUUCUAUUUAAUUUUGUAUUUCAUCCAAUUUAGGGGAAUUUUUUUAAUCAUAAAUGCAAAUGAAUUCACUGUUAUACACGAAGGUUAUACGUAAAAAUGGGUAAAUUAAUUAAAUUUUAAAGUAUUUGAAAAUAAAACAGGGGAGAAUGUAAUAAAAUUAUUC